GGACUAGUGGACUGGUAGUUUUCCCUCUCUCUUCUAACGAUAAAGUUGAAGCCUUGAAGUUGAAGGGAAGGGAGAGGGAGAGAGAGGGGGGAGAAAGUGAGAGAGAGAGCUCUUUAGAACGAAGAACACGACACGACAUUGAUAUUCACAAUCAUGCCACCAUCGGGCCCGGCAGACCUCCAGAGCCCGCUCUUACCCGACGACCCGGAGCAAGAGACAGCCUAUGACCCAUCGGAGAAGGUCCACGUAGUCCGGGUCGACUCCGACCUGUCAGACGGGGCCGCCGCGCCGCCGUUCUCAUGGCGGAAGCUGUGGCUGUUCACGGGUCCGGGGUUCCUCAUGAGCAUAGCCUUCCUGGACCCGGGCAACCUCGAGGGGGACCUCCAGGCGGGAGCCAUCGCCGGUUACAGCCUCCUCUGGCUUCUCAUGUGGGCCACCGCCAUAGGCCUCCUCGUCCAGCUCCUGGCGGCCCGGCUGGGGGUGGUCACCGGCCGUCACCUCGCCGAGCUCUGCAGGGAAGAGUACCCCAACUGGGCCAGGACCACGCUGUGGAUCAUGGCCGAGCUGGCGCUCAUCGGAGCUGACAUUCAGGAGGUCAUCGGGAGCGCGAUUGCCAUUAAGAUUCUGAGCAAUGGGUUGCUGCCGCUUUGGUUCGGCGUCGUCAUUACAGCUGCUGACUGCUUUAUCUUUUUGUUGCUUGAGAACUAUGGUGUGAGGAAGUUGGAAGCGGUCUUUGCCGUUCUCAUUGCGACGAUGGCGCUCUCAUUCGCCUGGAUGUUCGGCGAUGCCAAACCGAGCGGCAAAGAACUACUUCUGGGGAUUUUGAUCCCGAGACUCAGCUCUAGGACAAUAAAGCAGGCAGUCGGGGUCGUGGGCUGCAUCAUAAUGCCGCACAACGUUUUCCUUCACUCUGCCCUUGUGCAGUCGAGAGAUAUCGACCACACAAAGAAAGGCCGGGUCCAGGAGGCCAUGAGGUACUACUCCAUUGAGUCCACGGUUGCCCUUGCGAUCUCCUUCAUCAUCAACCUCUUUGUCACAACCGUCUUCGCAAAGGGCUUCUACAAUACCCCAAUAGCUGGUUCUAUUGGCCUUGUGAAUGCAGGUCAAUAUCUCCAGGAGAAAUAUGGGGGCGGCUUCUUCCCAAUUCUGUACAUAUGGGGCAUUGGGCUACUGGCGGCAGGGCAGAGCAGCACGAUUACUGGGACCUAUGCAGGACAGUUCAUAAUGGGAGGGUUCCUCGACUUGCGGCUCAAGAAAUGGCUCAGGGCGCUGAUUACCCGGAGCUGCGCAAUUGUGCCGACCAUGAUCGUCGCUCUUGUAUUUGACACCUCGGAAGAGACCUUGGACGUUUUGAAUGAGUGGCUGAAUGUACUGCAGUCAGUACAGAUCCCAUUCGCUCUGAUUCCACUCCUCUACCUCGUCUCUCAGGAGAGGAUCAUGGGCUCCUUCAAAAUUGGUCCUCUUCUUAAGGUGAUCUCCUGGCUUGUGGCAGCCCUCGUGAUUGUCAUCAACGGAUACCUUCUGCUCGACUUCUUCUCCAACGAAGUCAGUGGAGCACUCUACGGAACUGCAGUCUCUGCAUUCACAGUUGCCUAUGUUGCAUUCAUCCUGUACCUUGUCUCCCAUGGGUUUACCGCGUGGCGAACCUCCAAACUUUCCAAAGAGCUUGUAGUUGGAGAUAACUGAUCAAUCAGGCAACAGAACAUAUGAAACAUCAAUAUAAAUACGCUGCAGAAGAUCGUCUUAGCCUUUCACAGGAAUUUUCGUCAUCAGCAUAUUGCCUACACCCUGAUCGCCGAAUGAUUGGCUAUGUAUUCAUACUACCCAAGUGAACGACUAGAGAUUAGCUGUUCACUUUGUAUGAACAUCAGUAAUAUUCUUCAGCUGUAUACAGAGGUUUUUCAGAAACCUCGUCCUGUACCUGCAAUGCUGCGUUAACACCAUUAGAUAGUGAAAGUUACAGCCAUUCAUUGAAAGACUUCUGGGGAUGUUUCAGGUAUGUUUUUGUUUCUCACAUAAGUACGAACGGAUGCGCUAUGGUGGAUCAGACAAUGAAAGAUCCUUCCUGAAGGAAGACUUGCAAAUGAAUCUGCUCGAGAGAAAGGUAGAUGCAAUAUCGAUAGAGGAAUGGCCAAAGAAGAUUUCAUAUGAAAAGACGCCAUUCGGAGUACUAUUCAGUUGAAAGGAUGGAUUAUAGCAAAGGAAGUUUUUCUCAGAAAGGGGUAUGGUAGGAUCUGAGAACUUGAGCCGACAUUGGAAACCCGAACAGAGGACCUUGCACUUGUGCUUACACCUGUGAAUGUGACAUCCCGCAAUAUCAAUGUAACUAUGCAAUGAAUGAGAUUUCAAUGUCACCAA